AUGGCUGGUCGCGGUAGUCGUCAGCGCGCCUGUAUGGUUUGCUCCAUCGUUUUGAACGCGAGUGAAUUCUACAAGAACGGAUGUCCUAACUGCGAAAGCAUCCUCGGCCUCAGAAACUCUCAAGACGCGAUCCAAGAAUGCACGUCACAGGUGUUUGAAGGCUUGAUCAUGCUGGGUGAUCCGAAGGCUUCGUGGGUUGCUAAGUGGCAGCGCUUGACGAACUACGUGCCGGGAAUCUACGCAGUCAAGGUUGUCGGUCAGUUACCGCAGGAAAUAAUAGAUACCAUGGAGGACAACGGCAUGAGAUAUAUCCCCAGGGAUGGCACUUCGCUUGAAGAAGAUGUUGCUGCUUAG